AUGGCACGGACUCUCCUCUCAUCAGGUUCCAACGCCCAUGGCCAAUUGGGAAAUGGGUCUUUGGAAGACGCGCACACCUUCCAUCCGUGUCAUUUUCUCGGUUAUGAACCGGGGAAAUUGCCUUCAGAAGCUUCAAAGAUCCUCAACGUCGCCAGCGGGGCGAAUCACACAUUGUUGCUCCUCGAACGUACAGACGGUGAACGGGAACUAUGGGGUUGUGGAGACGGCCGAGCAGGCCAACUAGGGUUGAAAUACCAGGAAUCGAUCUCCGCUGGUUGUUCAUCGUCAGUUUUUCGACCCAUCGAGCUGGAUCUUGAUUCGGAAGAUUACUCUUACAAGUUCAUAUCCGCGUCUUGGGAGACAACAUAUAUCGUUCUUGCUUCCGAGAGCAGAGGAGACAUCUUGAUCUCAUUAGGAGCAGACGAUUUUGGAGAUUUGGGCGUCGGAAACGCAAAGGGAAAGGGCAAACGUGUCGCAAACCCAAUCAACAUCGUCAGAUUUGACCAUCUCGUCGUGGAUGGUCAUUCCCUUCCUCCUUCUUGUGCAAUGACGAUCAACUCAAUAACAUCUGGCCAGCACCACGUUCUGGUUCACAUGGACGUAUCCUUGUCUGAUGGCUUGAACUGCGGUAUCAUUGUUGGCUGGGGCACCUCUCGUCAUGGUCAAAUAGGCGGCGUAGCCAAUUCCGAUGGCAAACCUCUCCCCUUUUUCCCAGUUCCAAGAAUAAUCUCUGUCGACGACCCAAACGACCCUGUGGUAUCCUCAUCUCUCGGUAUUCAACACAGCGUCCUCUUGCGCUCCUCUGGACGGGUAACUGGCAUGGGUUCGAACAAAAAAGGACAAUUGGAAUUAAUCCCCCAGUCUCGAUUUCGACAGGUCGGGUGUACGUGGAAUGGAACCUACGCCAUUGUCGAAGUUGAGGAGUCUAAACUGGGCAUAUAUGCGACUGGGAGCGACUCUCACGGACAAUUAGGUCGCGGUGGCGGUCAAAUCGGACCCGGAAUAGUCAUAUUUGACGACGCCAUCCCGAAGUUUCUAGCAUGCGGAAGCGAGCAUGUAUUGACGCUUCUGCAAUCUGACCUGGGAAAAGAGGUGUGGGGCUGGGGCUGGAACGAACAUGGAAACUUGGGGAUUGGGACGACCGAGGACGCGCUCCUCCCUGUCAAGAUCUGGCCGCCAGGCGAAGGGAACGGAGGAGAAGAAGUUAUCGAUGGGAUUUGGGCGGGUUCUGGGACAAGCUGGAUAUCUAUCAUAUCGGACGAUGUAGGAUAA